CAUAGGUCGUAGGAGGUCGUAGGUGAGAUUUUGUUCGCGCGCUUUUUUUUUCAACCACAGCUGUUGCCAACAAGUAACGUACUAGUGGAUACAGGAUCAUACAGGAGAAAAGUGAGAAUACCACACCAUGGAGCUUGGUUACGGGAGGCUCCAGAGAAACAACAUCAACACUCUCCAGUAUACUGUCCACCCUGACCUGGGGCUGGUCUGGGGAGAUGGACAGGCCCUACUGCUGACCCCACUGUCCCACGUGGGCAGUCAUGUGACCUGUGGUGAUCCUGUGACCUUGAGGAAGCAUGACAAGGUCAAGACUGUGGCUUGGAGUGCUGAGGUCAGUACUGGCUGCAGGCAUCUGGCCGUGAGCACUGGACAAGGGGUCAGCGUGUGGCUGGUCAAGGGUACAGAAACGACAAAUUUAACUUCUGAACAAGUCACCCAUCUAGACAUUUCUCCAUUGCCACAGGGCUUGUUGUGGCACCCUUCUGAACCAAUACUCUGUAUUCUGGCACGAGACAAGAUAGUUACAACUCUAGACCAACACAGCAGCAGCAGGCCUGUAGUUCUUGACAUGUCCAACAGGGGGCAUGUCUGCACAGGUGUAUGGGUGACAGGCGACAAUCCAUGUCUUAUUGUUGCAGUAAAGAAGAAAACAAGUGUAGAUUUCAUGGUUUUCAACAAAUGGGGCAAAGGUACCAAACCUAACAUUGCUGAUGCCACAGUCAUCACCAUGGAAUCAUCUGUGAACAUAAGGUCAAUGACCUUAGUAGGCAGUAACCUGGUUGCCAUGACAACAGACCUGCCCCUAGAAACCCUCUGUUGCCAAGGUGACAUGUUUGACACUUCAGAUGGGAUAUUUGAACCUAUCCAUAACUCCGAUACAGAGGACAAAACCGAUUCUGUUGAUGAGUUGUCAGCACUAUCAACAGGCCCAGUUGACCUGACAGCCCUGUGUGCCACAAGGCGACGUACACCAGCCCCACCCAUGCUGUUCAGACUGUUUCCUAAGCCUGCCGUCAAGGAGACAGCUGAGUUGAUGCUGUUCAGAGUGGACAGCACAGAUGUCAGGGAGCUGAGUAGGGUGGGGCUGAGUAGGAUCAUCACGCCAGAUCUCAUAGCAGCCAAUCCCAGGUGUGGACACAUCACUGUUGGCAGUAACACAGCAGACACACUCCAGGUUUUCUCUCUGCAGGAAGGUACAAGAUUGAAGAAACUGCAGGAGAUCAUUCUUACUGAUGGAGAGAAGGCCAAAGGGAUUCACAUGCCAGACCAGGGGUGUGUUGUUGCUAUGGUAGGGAAGCCCAUGGAACAGGACUUUGCUGCUCUUCUCCCCACAUCUACACAAGAGAUGUACCAACUCAGACUUAGAUGUUUUGAGCUUGAGGAUCUUCAGGAGACAUCCCAAAAAGAGGAGAAGGUAGAAUUGUCUCAGCUGAGGCUGCCAAAUGGUGGGGUUCUUCCUUCACUGUUAAGACCUGGCCAUGAACUUCACCAGUCAAAAGCACAGACAAGUGCCUCACAAAACCCCAGGCACCUGCUGCAAGAUGUGACCAAACCUUCACAACAAAGUGACCAAACAGUUGAAAAUGAGGAACCACUGCGAGGUGCAAAAAGAAACACCUGCUAUGAAAGUUGCACCUCAGAAUGCUCAGGAGACUUGCCAUCUCACAAUGUAGCUACUAGGUUAAAAUCAAUGCAGCACUUUUCAAAGGGGAACGAAGAAGUGAUAACUACACAGCAUGAAACUGUUACAGAUUUAAAACUUCUUCCAAGCACAUUACAUACUGUGGAGUCAUUAGAAAGGGAGAUGAAACAACAAGUAGAGAAGAUAACAAAAGUAAAAGAAAACCUUAUCGCCUACUCCAGAAUACACACAAGGGAUGCCCAACAGUAUCCUGAAUAUCCUAGUCUAGAAAAUGCUGAAGUUGUACAUAUAGCAUAUGAGGAUUUAGAAUUGUCUGAUGAGAAGGUUGUGAAGAUGUUUUUACUAGAUAGAGGCAUGUUGAAGCUUGGGGUAGUUCAGGAAGUGUUUGGCCUUAGAACAGUGGAGAUGUGUUGUAAAGAGGGAUUUGUUGUUGUCUCUGCCAACAAGGAUGGCUACAUUCCUCUUAGACUAGCUACUGGGUCCUUUAUCACUAUCAGGGGGGAAAAGAACCAGUCAUGAUAGUCACCUAUAAAACAGUUCCUCAAGCCACUGGGUAUGAUUUUGGAAACGGUUAGCUUCAGGUAGCAUCCACUACCUUUCCUCAGUGACACUGGGAAGAUCUCAAGAUGAACAAACUAUUGAUAUGCAAAUAAUGAGAAGUCCAAUAGGAAAUGAAAGUUCGACAAAGUCAAGGCAAGUCUGACCAUUUUCAAAAACAUAUCCAGUUCCUCGAGCAACUUUUUUUUGUGUGCAUCUUAUUACCUGGAUGUCUAAGCUUCAUUGAGUCUUGACAUCAUCUUACCAUGCUGUAACCUUUACAAUGAGUUAUGAGCCAUCAACUAACUUGUACCCUCAAAAAUAACAGCCACUAUGAUAGAGUUGAAUCAUUCUUUGGUGUCUUUU